AUGGCGCCCCCCACUGCCACCGAGACCAUCACAUCGCCUGUCAUGGGCCUCGACGAGCCCGACACCGCACCCAGCGAGCCCGCACCCCCGACAGCGCAUUACCAGAAAUUCCCUGGCCCGCCGCGGUUCACCGACAAGUAUGAAGAGCGAGAAUACCUCAAGGGCCGACUCGCGCUGGCUUUCCGCAUCUUUGGCAAGUAUGGCUACGACGAGGGGGUGGCGGGCCACAUCACGCUGCGUGACCCCGUCGACCCGCACACGUUCUGGGUGAACCCCUUCGGCGUCGCCUUCUCCGAGAUCAAGAAGAGCGACCUGAUCCUCGUCGACCACGAAGGCAAGGUCAUCGACGGCGGACCGUGCCGCCUGCUCAACACGGCGGCGUACAUGAUCCACGCCGCCAUCCACAAUGCGCGGCCGGACGUGAUGUGCGCCGCACACAGCCACAGCAUCUACGGCCGGACCUUCUGUACCCUCGGCCGACCCAUCGACAUCACCACCCAGGACAGCUGCAUAUUCUACAACGACCUGGCCGUGUACAAGCAGUUCAAGGGCAUCGUGCUCGCGAAGGAGGAGGGCGAGAACAUUGCGAAGGCCAUUGGUUCCAAGAAGGCGUGCCUGUUGCAGAACCACGGGCUGUUGACAUGCGGACAGACCAUCGAGGCCACCGUGUUCUGGUUUGUCAGUCUCGAGAAGUUGUGCCAUACCCAGUUGCUGGCCGACGCUGCAGCGGCCGGACGGGGCGGUGAGACCGUCAAGAUCGACGAAGAGGACGCUGCGUACACUUACAAGAGCGUCGGCACUCCUAGAGCCGGAUGGUUCAGCGCGAAGCCCAUGUUUGACGUUGUGGCCAAGGAGUGCAACGGCGAAUACCUGCUGUAA